GCGGUCCAGCGGCCGCUGCAUUCAAAGUGAUCACUGCCUCGCCGUCUCCGCCAGGCUCGGGACCAUGAAGCUGCUGCCGUCGGUGGUGCUGAAGCUCUUUCUGGCCGCAGUGUUGUCCGCGUUGGUGACCGGUGAGAGUCUGGAGCGCCUUCGGAGAGGUCUGGCGGCAGCAACCAGAAACCCAGACUCUCCCACUGGAUCCACAAACCAGCUGCUACCCACGGGAGAUGGUCGUACUCAGGAAGUCCAGGACUUGGAAGAGACAGAUCCUAACCUUUUCAGAGUUGCUUUCUCCACCAAACCACAAGCUCUAGCCACGCCAAGCAAAGAAAAGAAUGGAAAAAAAAAGAAGAAGGGCAAGGGAUUAGGAAAGAAGAGAGACCCGUGUCUUAGGAAGUAUAAGGACUUCUGCAUCCAUGGGGAAUGUAAAUACCUGAAGGAUCUCCGGGCUCCAUCAUGCAACUGCCACCCAGGUUACCAUGGAGAGAGGUGUCAUGGGCUGACCCUACCGGUGGAGAAUCCCUUAUAUACGUAUGACCACACUACCGUCUUGGCUGUGGUGGCUGUGGUAUUGUCAUCUGUCUGUCUACUUGUCAUAGUGGGACUUCUCAUGUUUAGGUACCAUAGGCGAGGAGGUUAUGAUGUGGAAAAUGAAGAGAAAGUGAAGUUGGGCAUGACUAAUUCCCACUGAGAAGGACCUGUGCUCAAGGAAUCUUCAGAGGACGGCUACCUCUGAGACCGUGGUUCAUUACAAGUUCUACAGAGGGGAAAGACUUCGCAAGCAGCCAUGAAGACUUCUUCAUUCCCAGUUGCUACCCUGACUGGGCCUCCCGUAAUUGCUCUGCAAAAGUAUCAGAGCCUCUAAGUGCCAAACAGACAUGCCCACUGGGAUCCAGAUCAGAACACAGUGGAAGCAGGAGAGCCCUCCAGGCCUCUCUGGUUCCCCUCCACCGAGCCCACCGGUUUGUUUAAACACUUAGCUUCUGGAUUAAAGUGCCAGCUAGAUCCCAUAUGCUCCAGGACUUUUGACUGAAAAAAAAAAAAAAAGGGAGGAAAGAAGAAUGAUUUAUGGAUUGGAAGAAAGCAACAGAGUUGAGAAGCUGUGUGUUCAAGUAGCCACAAGGGAUCUGCUGUUUGGACCCUCCAGCACGCUGGAUUUGAUGAGCUAACUGUGAAGUACCACAAGCCCAAGAACUCUGAAUUUUGGGACUUCUACCCACAGGGGAAAAAAUAACAACUAUUUUUUUUUUGUUAUUUGUUUGUAAAAUGCCUCUUAAAUUAUAUAUUUAUUUUAUUCUAUGUAUGUUAAUUUAUUUAGUUUUUAACAAUCUAACAAUAAUAUUUCAAGUGCCUAGACUGUUACUUUGGCAAUAUCCUGGCCCACCUCUUCGCAGCUCUACCCUCUGGCUCAGUGCCACACUCCCACGUGCUCUGUAACCCAUCUGUAGUAAUUUAUUGUCUGUCUACAUUUCAGAAGACACCCCAGAAGCAGAGUACCCGGGGGGAGUUGCGUGUGGUCGGAGUGUAGGGAUUGAUUUGGGCAGAGCCACUCUGUGAGUUGGACUGCAGUCUUGCCUAGGUGAUUUUUGUCUACUGUCUGUGUUUUGAAAGCCCAAGGUGCUGAUGUCAAUGUGUAAUAGAUAUUGGUGUUUACCUGUGUCCUCUCCCUGCCAAAUCUCAGAAGACGUUGGGCGACCAUGCCUGCAGUUGCCCGGCCCCUUUUCUGCCAUCAGCCUUUCCCAGUCUCCCUGUGCCAAGACAUUUCCCUUACUCCUGCCGUUCUUGUGGUGCUACUCCGUGCUGAGGUUGGUAGAGCAGAGGACAGUUUGGAGAAGGUAUUAGUAACGAGAAAGACUGAGGAGGAGCAGAGAACGCUGGAGUUGACUAUUCUUGGCAAUUGAUUACCUAUCAAUUGCUACAGAGAAAGUUGGUGGUAGGGAAGGUUUGGGUAAGAAAACUAUACCGUCUCACCAAAACUGUAAUGCUGUUAUGGUCCCAUGGAAGUUUCUGGUGCCAUUUAUGAACUGUUACAACCUAUAUUUCCAAAACCUGGUUCAUAUUUAUACUUUGUGAUCCAAAUAAAGAUAACACUUACUCCA